AUGUUGAGGUGGUGCGCGGUUGCAGAGAGCGUGCCGCUGGCGUCGCGCAACCUGCCCGCGUCGUUCUUCAACGCGGCGGCGUGCGGGGCGGGCGGCGGCGGCGCGGGCGGCGGGGCGGGCGGCGGCGGCUGCGGCCUCGAGCUCUACGAGUACGACCCGUGGCACCACCAGCCGUACGGCUACGCGCGCGACUACGGCGGCCACGUGGGCUACGGCGGCCUGCUGCUCGGCCGCGGCGGCCUCCACGCCCAGUACAAGCCCGUCGAGUGGGGCGCACAGCACGCGCACCACACCCACCUCGACCCCGCCGCCUGCGCGCCCUACUCCUACCCGGCGGUGCCCGGUCAGUACCACGCCACCACCACCGCCGCCACGCGGACAAACAAACACACGCGCACACACACCAGUCAGCGUCCCAUUCAUCAAAGACCUUCAUUGUUAGGAGGCUUACCUUUGCACCUUGCCAUCCACAAUAAUCAGCCGCGAUGGUUCCCUAUGGUUUUUUGCGCCAAUUUGGGCCCUGGCCAGCCGUUGGGGCGGCGCGCAUCAAAGCGGCCAUCGCGUGACCUCGCAUUGUUCCCGCGCGCGCGCUUUUUGCCCGACCUCCGCAGAAACUCCCCCCCCCCCCCACCCCUCCUCUCACCCUCCACCUCCCAUCGGCCAGUUCUCUCCUCAUUCCUUAACUACUCUGUUCAUAUGGUUCAUUGCGGGAAGCGCUCGAUCGUAAAUCUCGAUUAUCGCCCUCCUGUCCGUCUGCCCAGCGCCGGGGAGCGCCCGAAGCCCUCCGAGGGGCGAGCGCAGAGGCACGCCCCGCGCACACGCAACGAGAGCACUUGCGCGCCAUCAAAGGGAAUCCGUGCGCGGCGCGGAUGCUUCAAUUCCGAUGAUUUCGCCGCGGCGGUGCCCUUUGUGCCCCCGCGCACACACGACCCCCCCCCCCCCCCCUCGGCCCGCUCGGAAAUUAAGUGUAUCAGCCGAGAGAGAAGAUUCAUCACGUCACCCGUGCAAGUGAUCCGCCGCUCCAAUCAUUUCAUGCGCGUCGAG